UACCAUUUUGUGGGAGCCGGUUGGGGCCCUUAAUGAUGUGCUUUGAUGGUGUAUUUUCUAUGGAUGUGAAACUUAAGUUGCCUACUUCAUUUUGAAUGUGAAUCCCCCACCCAGAUUGUGCUUGUUUGAUCGAGUUAUUGACCCUCGAACUAUGGAUGAAACUAUGGUUUGGCUGUUUUCAGCUAUCAAGUGUGGGGGUGUGAUUAACCUUUUCUAUGGCUCUUUUGUCUCCACUUUGGGUUGUUCUUUUGCAGUACCAUGAAGAAACCCAACCUCAAGCACCCGUUCAUCGGGAUUUGAAGAGGGGCCCCCACCAGGAUAGCUUUAAGCGCGUCCUAGCCUCCUCGUUUGGGAAGCACCACUACUGGUCCAGGAGGGAGUUUGAGAAGCUGCAUUGCUACGACCACUUCCUCGCCAUUGCCACCAACCGCCCUUGGCGCCGUCUGCUGACCAUUCAGGAGAAGGUCUACCACGAGCUGGUGCUCGAGUUCUAUACGACCUUGAAGCACGAAGAUACAAUGGAUUGGGCAGACGGUGAAGCCGUCAAGUUCAGGCUCGGCGGUGCGCCCUGCUCCAUGAGCAACCACAAUUUGGCGACCGCUCUCGACCUUGGCGUGGACAAUGAUAGGGACUAAGUCACCGAGCUCAACGAUCAAGUGGGAGUUAACUUCAAGACGCUGUUGACUCACUUCUACUGUCACUCUAGAAAUUGGCCAAGUGUAACCACUUCCUAAAGCGUAGUAUAGCGGGUUUGGGUUUUAAUGUCAACCCGGGUCCUAGAUUUGAUGACUACUCGGUGAAUUCUUGUUAUCUAGCAAUGAAACUUUAAUGCAAGUCUAAAAUAACAAACAAACAAAGCAACUAAACGGUUGUAUUCAGGUUAAGAGAGGUCACCCGAAUAUGGUUCCCCCUAGACUGUAGUUAAGUCGGAUUGCAAUUACCAAGUUCAGUUUCUAUGAUAGUUAUACUGCGGAAGGUUAUUAAACAGCCUGAAGUGUCGACUAAAGGUCUUCAGACCCUCUCAAUCUGAGUCUCUAGCGGGCGACUAACCUCCACCGGAGUAAACAGAUUGAGGCCCUAACAACAAAACCUCCACUACCGAAGUGAACUCGGUACAGAAUAGCGAGUUGGCUCCUCGACUAAAGUCACCAACUCCCUACCUUCAAUCAAGGAUGCUCUAUCAACCUAGGUAGAUAUUCUCAUUCUAGGUUAAAGCAGAAACAAUAGGAAUUUGAUCAGGAUUCAAGUCAUUCAAUCAAUCAAGCCUCAAUCGAAUAUAAUCAACUCAUAGAAUCAGUACUUGGGUUCAUACAAUCAAACCUAACAUACAAAUCUAGGGUUCUCCAUACCCAGAUGAAUGGGAGAACUAAUCCAUGGAGAAAGAAGCAAAAGCAUAAUCAGACGCGGAAUUCAUACCGUGAAGGAUGGAUUCCUGCUCCUGGACGUUGAUCAGCACUUCUCCAAGCUCAAGAUGGCCUCCAAUGGUGAUGAAGAUCAAGCUAGGGCACUUGGAGACUCUUGUUCGUCGCUUUCUCUCUCUAGGAAUCGCUCUGUCUCUCUAAAACUCGAAUCCCCUUCUCUUUUGGCUGAAAUCUGCUUAAAAGGGCAUCACUGGGCAAAGCACGGUCGAGGGCACGGCCGUGCUUUGCUCCAGCCCGCCCGUGCUUUGGCUAGGGUUAAUUACACGGCCAGCCUGUUGGGAGAAACACGACCGUGCUUUUUCUCAGCCCUGCCCGUGUUUUAAGCUCGGGUUUGCCAAACUCAAAUCAGCUCUCGGCAGUAAAAGCACGGCCUAGGAACACGACCGUGUUCUGUUUUAGGUGUGCCCGUUUUUUGGCUCUAGCUCCACCGAAUGACUUCCGAAUGCCCCGAAACUCGUGCUUAGCCUUUCCUUUGAAGCCUGGGACCUGAAAUAUGACAAAAUAGCACAACCCGGCGUAAAAUAGGCAAAAAAUACACGACUAUGCCCCUCAAACGAAUAAGAACUAGGGGUGCAAAUACGUGUAAUUACAUCGUUAUCAAAUUCCCCCACACUUAACCGUUUGCUUGUCCCCAAGCAAACCUAACUCAAACCAAUGCAACUCUCCAGACCUCUAUAGCAACAAACAACCCAGAUCGUAGGUAGAGGACUUCCUAGAUCUUUUAGCAGCUUACUAGGUCAGCCGACGCACAAGUCAUCGCAUAGCUUCUUCAGCGAGAGCACUAGUAUCGAGUCGGCAUCAUGGAAAAUAGUGAACAGAGGACAAAUGAAUCGUGGAUGAAGAGAUUCUCAAAAACAAAGGAUCAUGGACUCA